GAAUGAUUUAAAAUAGUUUAAAAUGAUAAAUGUAAAAAAAAAAAGAAAAGGAAAUAACAUGCGGGAACGGGAUAUGUCUGUUUCUUAUUUGAACAAAUGGAUAUUUAUGCAAGCAAAAUUUUAAUGAUAUUGAUAUAUUAGGUCAAGCGUUAUGUAAGGCGGCGCAGGCGGCGGCGGCGCUUUACUCCCAAGUUCCAACCAACCGGACGCGUUCAUUUGUCUUCCUUUCAGCAUUUCCUGUAUCAUUUCUCUAAACAAAAACAACCCAAGUAGCCAACCACCGAUAAAUUUCCCUCAAUCCUUCAAUUCUCAAAAGUUUAUCUAUUUCACUGACAAAUUUCCAAAGAACAAAACUUUGUACCUUUUUGCAGCUUCAACCAAAUGGCAGCCAAAAACCCAGUGAUAAUAACUGAUAAAGAUGAGAUGAGAAAAUGGUCAAGAAAGAUGAGAUCCCAAGGCAAAACAAUUGGGUUGGUUCCCACCAUGGGUUACCUUCACCAAGGUCAUCUGUCACUCAUCCGAGAAGCACACAAUCAUAGCCAGCUCAUAGUUGUCUCUAUCUAUGUAAACCCAGGUCAGUUUUCUCCUUCCGAGGACCUUUCAACAUACCCAUCUGAUUUCCAUGGUGAUAUUCUCAAGCUUAAGUCUGUUCCUGGUGGAGUCGAUGCUGUUUUUUGUCCCAAGAAUCUGUAUGACUACAAUUAUAACGAGAGGCAAAAUACUAAGAAUGAAAAAGAGAAUUGUGCUGCUGGUCAUGGGGCUGGGGUUGUUUCCUGUGUGGAAGAAGAGUGUAGUGGACAUGAAACAUGGGUGAGAGUUGAGAGAUUGGAGAAAGGCCUGUGUGGGAAAAGUAGGCCUGUUUUCUUUAGAGGGGUUGCUACUAUUGUAACCAAGUUGUUUAACAUUGUGGAACCUGAUGUUGCUGUAUUUGGUAAAAAGGAUUAUCAGCAAUGGAGGAUUAUUCAACGAAUGGUUCGAGAUCUUGAUUUUGCCAUUGAAAUUGUGGGGUCUGAAAUCAUGCGUGAUAGUGACGGCCUUGCAUUGAGUUCGAGGAAUGUGCAUCUCUCCCCUGAAGAAAGGGAAAAGGCAUUGUCUAUUAGCAGGUCAUUGUUAGAAGCUAAAUCUGCUGCUGAAGAAGGUGAAGUUAAAUGUAGAGAACUGAAGGAUUUGGCUGUAACAAAAAUAACUCAAGCUGGGGGAAGAAUUGAUUAUGCUGAGAUUGUAGAGCAGGAGAGUUUGGAAGCAGUGGAAGAGAUCAAGAGUCCUGUUGUGUUCUGCAUUGCUGCUUGGUUUGGCAAGGUUAGGCUGAUAGAUAACAUUGAAAUCAACAUAUGAAAGUAGAUCUUCAGCCCGAUGCUCUUAUCUUUCUCCUCCUGGAAGAGCAAUCAACGGUUUAUUUCUCACCUCUAGGAAGUCACUACCGUACCGAUCUCCUGAAUAACCAUGAUCGGACAGCUAUUUCAUUAUUUGUUUUAUCUAAAGGGUUCUGGACAUGACAUGCUUCUACCAUCGGUUGGAUUCUUUGUUUGAAUGCCGUAUGUUGAUGUUUUAAUGCUUCAGCACAUAAAAAAACAAAUGUUAGAACAGCAUUUUUUAAGAGAUGAUGCCUAUUUUGCACUCUAAUAGGAUUCUCAAUUUGAGCCAACUUGUCCAGGCAUUGGGGUUUAAAAGCAUAUACCCCAGAUGGCAAGCCAGCCAUGAAACCCAUGAGGA